GUCCUUCAGAAGCUUGGGAAAGCUGAUGAGACAAAAGAUGAGCAGUUCGAACAGUGUGUGCAGAACUUCAACAAACAGCUGUCCGAAGGCACGAGGCUGCAGAAGGACCUCCGAACUUACUUGGCUUCCGUAAAAGCCAUGCACGAGGCCUCCAAGAAGCUGACAGAGUGCUUGCAGGAAGUUUAUGAGCCAGAUUGGCCUGGGAGAGAUGACACAAAUAAAAUAGCAGAGAACAAUGAUCUCCUCUGGACAGAUUUCCAUCAGAAGCUGGUGGAUCAGGCACUUCUGACCAUGGAUACAUACCUUGGCCAAUUUCCAGAUAUUAAAUCUCGUAUAGCGAAGCGAGGAAGGAAGCUUGUGGAUUAUGACAGCGCCAGACACCACUUUGAAGCCCUGCAAACCGCAAAGAAGAAGGAUGAAACCAAAAUCGCGAAGCCUGUUUCGCUGCUUGAGAAAGCUGCGCCUCAGUGGUGUCAAGGGAAGCUACAAGCUCACCUCGUUGCGCAAACUAAUCUGCUCCGAAAUCAGGCUGAAGAAGAGUUAGUAAAGGCUCAGAAGGUGUUUGAAGAGAUGAACGUUGAUCUGCAGGAGGAGCUGCCUUCACUGUGGAAUAGUCGUGUUGGUUUCUACGUCAACACAUUCCAGAGUAUAGCAGGCCUAGAAGAGAACUUCCAUAAAGAAAUGAGCAAGUUGAACCAAAACCUCCAUGAUGUCCUGCUGGGUCUAGACAAGCAGUACUCAGGCAAUGCCUUUCCCAUUAAAGCACAGCCCAGUGACAGCACCCCAGCGAAAGCCAAUAAAAGCCCUUCGCCUCCACCAGAUGGAUCUCCCAUCACCAGCCCCGAGACCAAGACUGUCAACCAUGAGCCGGAAUCGUCCACUUUGGAAACGCCUGGGGCAAACAUCCCAAAAUCACCAUCUCAGUUGAGGAAAGGGCCUCCGGUGCCUCCGCCUCCAAAAGUCACCCCCUCCAAGGAGAUCAAGCAGGAGAACAUCAUCAGUCUGUUUGAUGACAAUUUUGUCCCUGAGAUAAGUGUGACAACCCCAUCGCAGUUUGAUGCCCCUGGGCCCUUCCAGGAGGGAGCCAGCCUGUUGGAUCUGGAUUUUGAUCCCAUUAAACCAGAUGCCACUGUGGGGAAGACCCCCACACCUGCCUCCCAGUCUUUACCUUGGGAUUUAUGGGAGCCUGCAGAAGCAGCCCAUGCAGGAGCUGAAGCAGCUGGAUCAGAAGCAGCAGCUGGAGCUGAAGCAUCUAAAACUGAAGCUGAUUCAGGAUCAAGUUCUCUGCCUGCUGUCGUCGUGGAAACUUUCCCUGCUACUGUCAAUGGCACUGUGGAAGGAGGUGCUUCAUCUGAAAGAGCUGACAUGCCCCCAGGAUUUCUGUUCAAAGUCCAGGCCAUGCAUGAUUACACGGCCACCGACAGCGACGAGCUGCAGCUGAAGGCUGGGGACGUGGUGCUUGUGAUUCCAUUUGAGAACCCUGAGGAGCAGGAUGAAGGAUGGCUGAUGGGCGUGAAGGAGUCUGACUGGAUCCAGCGUAAGGAACUUGACCAAUGCCGAGGGGUUUUCCCUGAGAAUUUCACAGAGCGGGUGCAGUGAAAGCCCAAGCCCACCAGCCGCAUUUCUGCUGGAAGAAAGCAAUUUUUCUGGUAGAUAAUUGAAAAAGAACAGUGAAAUGAAAAGAAGAGAGAAUUUUAAAGGAACAGAAGCCUGGAAAAAAACCCGGCAACUUAAAGGGUGUGUUCUUCUCAAAGGGCAAGGUUCAAGAAGUAAAUUGAAAUUCAAAGUGUUAUCAAAAUAUAUACAUAUUAAUAAUAAUAUGGCAAGUGAAAUACCCUCUUCCCCCUUUGGUUUUAACAGCAUUUGGAAUCGGAGGACUGAUGCAGAAGCAACUCAGUGUGGUUCUCUAAAUACUGCAUUGACUGAAUUGGCAAGAUGUCAGUCUGAUCCCUGGAAAAGCAAUAUUUGUCUAAUGACUUGAGAGUAGAGGCUGCAUAUGCUCUUGGGUGGGUUCAUCUGUUUUGUCUUGAAGGUGGCUUGCAUGGCAACCGUAAAAAUUCAGCCAUCCCUACAUGUUCAACCUACAGUAGGCCAAACUUUCUGUUAAUGCUGUUGGAAAAAAAACAUGUAGUGUAUAGUCUUCACCAAUACAGUGUGUGUGUGUGUGUGUGCGCAUUUUAUUUUCUUCCUUUAAAUAAUGUUACACAAACUGUGAUUCUCGUACAUGUAAAGGUAGAAGAAACUAUA